GUGCGCCGUGCGAGCGGCAGCAUGGCGGCGGCCGAGACGUGGGGCGCGGCGCGGUACUUCACGCGCUGGUACAAGGCAGACGUGAAGGGGAGGCCGUGCGAGGACUUCUGCGUGCUGCAGCACUCCAACAGAAUCUGCGUCAUAACGUUGGCAGAAGCCCACCCUCUUCUUCAGCACGGAAGAACAAUUACAAGCAUUAAUUACCAAAUCAGUCCUAAUUGUAGCAGGCUUCAGAAUAAAGUCUCUGGGAAGUCCAAAAGGGGAGCUCAGUUUUUAACAGAACUUGCCCCGCUCUGCAGGAUAUCCUCAUCAGAUGGAGAAGAAUAUACCAUUUACAGUUGUAUACGAGGGCGACUGAUAGAAGUGAAUGAAAACAUUCUUAGCAAUCCAGCGCUUCUGCAAGAAAAGCCAUCAACUGAGGGAUACAUUGCAGUGGUUCUACCCAAAUUUGAAGAGAGCAAGAGCAUAACUCAAGGACUUCUGACACCAGAAGAAUACAAGGAAGUUUUACUGAAACGUCAGAAUUCUUCUUCAGGAAGUUAAUUAUACAGGCUAAAUAAGCUGCUUUUACAUCGUAACUUUCAUGGCAUUGAAAGGUGUGUCUGCUUAUAAAAGUGGAACUUGACAUAUUUGUUUUAUUCUUGUAUGAAACAGGCAAAAUAGUUUGUAUAUUAAAAUUGUCUUCUCUCACA